UUAGUCGCGGACAAGCCGCCAUGCGAGGAUAACAUCGUAUGUGUAAUAUCGUGAUAGAAGUUCGUUCACCGUUACAACACGUCUAUCACUAAUAUACGAUUAUCUGUAAGAAUGUCUGUGAUUAAAUUUAAAAUGAUUUUCUUGUGAAAAAACAUUUUUUACGUAUUUUUCGUCAAUAAUUAUUUAUCACCACGUGGUGAAUCGAAUGUUAUAAAAAGCGCGGACAGUGGAUUCGUCAAAUAAAUUAAAACAUUUCUGUUUAAACAUCGUACAGGCGCUUUGCGCGUGCGAAUGAGUGCGUAACUGAGCUUAGCAGCCAGCAAUUAGAGUUCGUCGAUGUUCUGGUUUUGUUGCGAGGCGAUGUGAAGCUUUGCGAUAAUUCGGAACACCCGCAGCGUGUUUCUCAUCUAAGAAGUUUGCUUUCCCACUAAUCAAUUAAGUUUUCAACUACAUUUGAUAACAUUUAUUUGCGAUUAGAUCAUUCCAUCUGAAUCAAAGGAAUUCAAUUGGUACAGAGGAAUAAAAAAAGUUGAUCAAAUGUUCAAAAAUUGCACGAAGUAAUGAAACAUGAAGACAAGACAGGCAGAUUAACAGGCGAUUAAUGCGCUCUAUGACGCCCGUUUAAUGAUCCAUGGUCGAAUCGUGUGAUACACACGAACGAAUGCACGAUUUCCCUCAGAGCUUGAAUUAAAUGAAUAGAGAGGAAGAAUCCAUUUGUACAUCCAUUUGUAUCAAUUACUUGUGCCAACGUUCAAGUAACGGAAAAAAAAAUUUCGAGAAGUGUUUGAUACUUAGUGAUGUGUUUUCUUCUUUUUUUUUAAGUGUUUUCAUCAAUAUUUGAGAAUUUCAUAAAGUCAAUUGUGGAUUUUUCACGUAUAUUUAGAAUAAGUGAUUCAAUUUUUCAUAAUUCUUAACUCGAGAAAAACAUAAGCCAAUCUUUCCAGAAGGUUUUUUGAGGCAGGAAAAGAAAACAACUGUAUUGAAUUACGAACAGAAAGAACUCUCAUCGAAGAAUAUAGUGAAAGCAUGUGGUUUUCGCGCGCAAAAGAGUUUAAUUCUCAAGAGAUCAAUUUCCCGCGAUAUUAAAACACCAGAGGAUCGAAAUUACAGCCAGUGCUGGUAAAACCUUACAAAUGGAUUCGACGAAUCGAUAAUGCAUGAUUGUAAAUCCUGGUUCAGAGUAAACCACGUGUCUGAUGAAUAAUACAAUUCCUUCAAUUGCAUUCUCGUCUUUUUGGUCACCAAGGAAAAAGUACCGAAUAGAAUCGUAAAAUCCUUAUCGAUUGAUACUAUUACGCAUUUUUGCGUCACGAUAUCGAAAUUAUGAAUCUUGAUGAUAAGGAAAUAGUGUAGCGACGUUUUUGUUCAAUGCAUUAUAGUGUGAUCAUUAUUAAGUGAUUAAUAAAUUAAGCGAGAAGCAAUUGUGAUUAGUUAUGAUUUUAGGCAGUGAUUUACAUAUGACAAAAAAAAUAAAUUAGGAAAACAGUAUGAAAGUGAUUGAAAGUGGGUGUAUUUAUAUUCUGAUAUCAUAUUUUAUCAUUUCUGUGAAUAACUAAUAAAAAGUGUUUCAUCGAGACCCUUCUUUCCCAGAAGGAUAAACGUAGAAAACGGAAGGAAAGAAAGUAACAGUAUGAAGAACCGUCGUGGAAGAUGGCUCUACGCUGUAUUUGUAUUGAUCACGUUCCUUCCUCAACAGAUUGAAUGCACAGCGAAGAGCGGAGGAUCGGUAGUAGAGCAUCAUCCGUCUUCUUACUGGGAGCAACCUUUUAGUCAGCCUUAUUUCGACAAUACGACAAAAAGGGAAACCACGACGACCGUCGGCCAAACCGCUUUUCUUCAUUGCAGAGUGCGCAAUCUUGGUGAUCGUGCUGUUUCAUGGAUCAGGAAACGAGAUUUGCAUAUUCUUACUGUAGGAAUUUUAACGUAUACAAAUGAUCAACGUUUCCAAUCAUUACACCGAGAUGGAUCUGAUGAAUGGACUUUAAGAAUUAGUUCACCACAGGUUCGAGAUAGCGGAACAUAUGAAUGUCAAGUCUCAACUGAAUCCAAAAUUAGUCAGGCUUUUAACUUGAGUGUCGUAGUGUCAAAGGCGAAGAUCAAUGGUAACUCAGAACUAUACAUCAAGAGUGGAAGCGAUAUCAAUCUAACCUGUAUAGUAUUGCAGACUCCUGAACCACCGUCCUUCAUUUAUUGGUAUAAAGAUGAUCACGUGAUAAAUUACAGUCAAAGAGGAGGUAUCAAUGUAGUAACUGAAAAACAAACACGAACGUCGCGCCUCUUGAUAUCCAGAGCGUUACCUGCUGAUUCUGGAAAUUAUACAUGUGCUCCGUCUACGGCUGAAUCAGCCAGUGUUCUAGUCCACGUACUCAACGGUGGGAGAACAUCCAGCAGCCAUGCAACAUGGAAACUCGAGCAAUAGCGGUGCGACAACGAGAACGCUCGCGUUGCUUCUAUUGCUCCUGCACGCCGGUUCAUUUGCGAGGUGACUGGUCGAUCACAGACUCUUUCAGUAAGAACGUGAGCGAAUGCCGUUUUUCGUAAUCAAAAAGAAAAAUUGGAAAGAAGCGAGCAAGAGUGAAGAAAGAAAUAUUAUCUUUAUUAGCACCAACCAUCUUCAAUAUUGAAUAUAUAACUUAUAUAUACAUAUAUAUAUAUAUAUAUAUAUAUAUAUAUAUAUGUAUAUAUAUAUAUAUAUAUAUAUCUUGAAUCUUGCUUCUAAAAUUGAUCAGAGAAAAAAGAACAGAUGAACCAGCGAUUAUCAAAGUGACUUUCCUAAUCAAAUCUCGAAUAAUUCGGGAACAAUAAUUGGUGACUGAUUUCUGACUUCUUAUAAUCUUCGUGAAUCUAUUGAUCGUUUUAGCUGACAUGAAUUGCUUCCAAAUGCCGCAAUAGUAAAUAUAUAGCGACAUAUUACUGCCGCUAGCCGUUUCCCUUUUGAUAUCCGUAAAUGUUCCGAAUUUAUCGUAAUGACGUGAAACUGUUUUUUCAGUGAUGAUUCCUUUUUUCUAAGGCUACAUUUAAUCGACAGUUAUUGUGACACAGAUUGUACGGAUUCACGAAAAAGAUUUUUCUUUUGUUUCGUGCAGAAGAAAGAUCGGAAAUAAAUGAGUCAGCCAAAAUCUCGACAAAAAGACUCGACAACAUGUAAAUGGGUGUUUAGUAUGAUACAGUUAGAUGCGAUCCACGGAAGCGUCAGCGAUAAUCAAGGAUUUGCGCGCUGCUCGUUAUCGUAAUUAAUAUAAUAAACGAGUAUACCGAGUUUCUGCCAAGUUGGAUGACUGCCACGUUUCUUCAGUAACAUUCCUUGCUGUUCAUAUGUUGCAAAACGAAAUAAAACAUGUAGUCUUCAAAUCGUUAUGCUUUAAAAAACUAUACGUAUUUUAGUUUAAAACAUGCAAGAAGUAAAGUAGCAAUAUAGAGAGUUCUGUGUUCGAACGUAUCCAAAAAAAACACAAAAUUUUUUUUAAAUCUCAUUUUCAUAUGAAGAGUUAAAAUCUAAUUAAAUUCAACAUAUAAAAAAUUUGAUUUAAUACAAUUUAAUACAGAAUAUUCGAUGAA